GUUCAGAGGAAAUUGAGUCACGCUAAAAUGGCCAAUUUUGCGCUUUUUGUUCCACUCGUCAUCGGCGUGCUGAUGAAACCCUCUACGGUAUCUGGUGCGACUUUCGAUCUCGGAGAAUGCGAAUCCAACUUAUUUCGUCUAUUUAUUUGCCUAAAAUUAGUAGCAUUGUCGGACUUCCAGUAAAGGUUUGCUACGAAUUUAAAACUGUGCCUUCCACCGUAGCAAGAUUGCCGUGAUUAGCCUGUAACUGACGGAUUGAAUAUGGAUACCUCUCCAGCGGUUGUUUAGAUUGUGAUAAGAAGAACCACUGUUGAAUGAUUGCACUCGUAAAAUAUUUACAGGCAGUUUCGAGCUAGUGUCAACUGGAUUGAAUGAGAGAGAGAAAAAAGAGAGCUCAAAUGAAUUCAAUUUGAAGCAAAGUCAAAUGAGUUUUGAAAGGGAAAUUGAUCCAAAUUAUCCAGUUAUCAAGCGCGUUCGGACAUAAAUUGAAAAAUGUCACUUAUGCCUGAAACUUGUUAUAAAAAGCUGAACAGGAAGAUAAUCAAACAGUGUCAGCGAAAUGUCUCGAACUAUAUUACUUUCUUUCUUUUUCCUGUUCGGCUUUUCAGCAGCGAUUAAAAUUGAUCUGCUGAUGGAUUUUCUCAACAUGAAGCAAUCCAAAAUAGUGUUAUUUUUCCUCUGUGAUCCAAAGAAAUCUGUUGAAGUGCAUCGGGCAAUGGGCAAAAAACUAGUUUUCAAUCGAAUUGUAGACAUCAGCGGCGGAUUCCAUAAAUUACCGGAAACAGUUUUGGCUCCCUCCAGCCACGGAAGAACGAUGUGCGUAGUGGACUGCAGUUGUGAACAGUCCUCUUUAGUACUGAAAAGUUUUUCAGAUUUACACUAUUUCAACAUAACUUACAGCUGGUUGAUGUUCGGCGACAAUAUAUCGACCGUCAAUAUGACCAGCUUUUUGUGGGAAUUGAAGUCCAUUCAGAUGAAUUCGGAUCUCACGUGGAUAGAAACCUUUGCAAGUUCUAAUAAGUCUGACAGCUAUUCGUUAAUAGAUGUAUACGCUAAAGGACGCCACUUGUGCAAAGAUAUCUAUCAGUACAAGUAUGCCGAAUGGGACAGUCUUAACGGAAUAGCUGAACAACGAGGAUAUAGUCGGUAUAAAAUGAGGGGCAAUUUCGAUCAACUGCAGCUUCGCGGUGUUACAGUUAUUGAUCGUGAAAAUGUUACAUCGGAUGACGUUGACAGAAUCCUAUCGGUACCUGGAGGGGAACAGGGUGUAGUUGGGUUCGUAAAGUACCACUAUUCACUACUCUGUAUUUUACGCGACUAUCAUAACUUCAGAAUCAAGUAUCGCGUCGUAAAGGGAUGGGCUGGUCGCCUAAAGUCUGGCUAUCGGCUAGGUUUGAUAGGAAUUUUGGCACGAAAUGAAGCGGAUGUCGCAACAACGGCCAUUUUUCAGAGACUCAACCGUCAUGCGGAGUUCGAUAGUAUCCACCAUAGUUGGGAAUUUUCAUCGGGAUUCAUCUAUCGCAUAACACCGCAGCUCAGUGCGUCCGGUGGUGGUAAUUUUUUCAUUCCCUUCGAUGGCAAUGUUUGGAUUACAUCUGCUGUGACGCUGCUGGUUUUAACGAUGGUACUGAAGGCGGUUGGGACGAUCAUUUUCAGAGUAUCAAGAAAUGUUUCGAACGCCUCGCAUGUAAGUUAUUUCAUCGACGUUGUUGCCGCCGUGGCUCAACAGGGGCUUUCAAAUGAGGUAUCUCCUAGAACACCGAUUAGAAUCAUUAUGUUCUCACUGCUUUUCUUGAAUCUUGUGCUAUAUAAUUACUACACGUCUGCUGUGGUCGGAGGUUUAUUGAGUUCCCCUGGAAAAGGCCCCCAAACGAUCCAAGAGAUAAUUAAAAGCCCGCUGACGUUAUCGUUCUUCGAUAUUGGCUACCACAAGGUCUUGUUUCGUGAAACCAAGGAACCCAUAAUCCAAGAGUUGUACCGAAAGAAGUUGCAACCGUCGCGAGAAGGAAUGAACACUAUUCCGGUGUACACCGACGUGAAGACGGCUGUACCGUUCAUCAAGAAGGGUGGUUACGCAUUCCACUGCGAAAUGACCGAAGCAUUCCAGGCUAUUGCGGAUCAGUUCGAUGGAAAUGAGAUUUGCGAGUUACGUACGGCACAAAGUUUAUUUUCAGACUUGAAACUGUUGAGCUUUGUGCUGCCGAAGAGAAGCAUGUACACCGAGCUGUUUAAAAUAACACUGAUGCGGGCCCGAGAAUGUGGUUUGGUGAAGCGAAAUCUGAAAAUUCAUCACAUUGGAAAACCGAUUUGCCAAUCCGGAACUCGAGUACAUCCGGUCGAGUUGACGGGGGUAUCGCUGGCUUUUGUUGUUUUGUUGGGCGGAAUGUUUCUAUCUAUUGUUGUUCUGGUUGCAGAAAAAUUAUUUUGGAAACAAUCUACUAGAAAACUUAAUCGGUUUUAUGUGAACUAAAAAUCCAAGAGCAAUGAGAAAGAGAUGCGGAAAAAAAAUCAUUAGUUUAUUUGUUAGACUGUUACAAAAAGGCUUUGAAUAUUAGAAAAUAUUUGAUGUUAAAAAAAUAAUAAUAAUAUUUUUUCUCUGUUACCCAUAAUUACUCAUUUCGCAUAUUAACUGCCGGAGAAACUCGUUAGCAAUACAAAAUGUUCAGAUUUUGUUUAGAAAGUUUAACGAAAUUUACCCUAAAACAGUUUAGUUCCAGAAAAAAACUGUCUAGAAGCCACAAACGGCCGAUUUUGAAUUUUUGAUGGCACGAGGCUCGGUGAUAGUUGAUGCAUCACAUGUGAAAACGAUACAUUAUAUUUGCAUAACCACAGAAAGCAUGGGCUAAAGUCCUCACAAGUGGCUAAUUAACUAUUUCCGAGUCUUGUACUUUUGAAAAUUUGUAGUCGGACAUUUGUUGUUUCUAUACAGUUCCUCCUGAAGCAGAUGAAGUUAUUUUUGGACAUUUUGAAACUCGUUCGAUCAAAUUUCAUUGAGUUUUGACGAAGACAGAGAAAUUUUACGGCAAUGUAGAAAAAUGAUCCGGGUAAUCAAGGGGACAUUUUGACAGAUCAGUACUCUUUGAUUAGUACUUUUAAUACAAGUUUUGAGGUGAUCAAUUCAACCCCAUUCUGCGGUAUACUAUGAGAAAUAUUUGUAAAGCGGCACAAAGAAAAACUCCAACGCGUUUUCCCUAAACUCGGAGAGGUAGAAUCGAAGUAACAAAGCGCUGUACUUCGAGAAAAUCUCAGGUCAGACUCGAUUUAUCCAGAGUAUGGAUUUUUUUACACGGGAUAAUCUGAAUAUAAAUUACUACCUACAAUCCGGAAAAUCAAACGAAAAUCGAAAAGGACGAUGAUUUUUGGAAAUCCGGUACACGGAAUGCAAGGGUACUACUCGAACCACCACGCGCAAACAUCCUGACUAGAGGGCUGCGGAAGAUUUAUGUGGAGGUUGCAGCUAUCCAGGAGGUACGGUGGCCGAGAAAUCGUGAAUUCUGAGCAUUGUGGAAACUACAUCUACCACAGUAGCGGAGUGAAGGCAGGAAGGGAAGACGGUUUCGUGCUAAUAAUGAAACAGAUAAUAUGUGUCAUUAGAUGAGGCUGAUAAGUGACCUUAACAAAGGCGUUUUUUGGUACACUUUCAUAUUCAUUACCCGAUAAAUUUUCAUCGUAAUACCUUUCAAAAUGCUCGAGAAAUUAUGAACGGAAUGAAUUUUCUUCAUCUUGGCUUUAAAAAAAAAAUCCCCUAAGAAACUGCCAAAAGAUGUUUACACAACUUAUGCAGCAUUUUUCGAGUGAGAACGAGAUACAUGCAGGGCUGCGCAGGUACACCGCGUUCAUGAGCUACUCAAACAGGAUUUUUUUCGGAGGAUGGGAUCAUGCGAGUAGUUCAUUUUUCAACAAAAUUUUUGGAAGAUUUCUCCGUCAGUGUUACGUAUGUCUUUUGCAGGUUGUGCGCUCACCGUCACCAUAGAGCUGACCGACUGACAGCCGUCAGCCUG